UCAGCGAGGGGCCCAUUUUAAAAUUUUGUCUCUGGGCCCACUCCAGCCUUGUUACGCCCCUGUCUUGGGUAAAGUAUUGCACCACUGCUCUUAUAAGUGCCCUCUCACUUCCUGCAACACAGGAAUAAAAAGGUGCUAGGCGUAAUAGUAAUGGACCACAGGCUCCUAGAUCCUGCGAGAGCUUGAGCCUUCCAUUCAACAGUGGUUGGCUCUCACUAAUGAGAUACAGUGCUGGCAACUGAGUACCAGUUGUCCUAAAUUUAGCCCUUCCCCGCCAUCUUUUUAUAUACCUGUUAGAGAAUGGACUGAAUAUUUCCAUGCUCUAUAUGCUAGAGAGGGAACAACUAGAACAUUUUUACAAAUAGAACAGGAACUGGACCCUAACUUAUUACCUGAGUGGACUCCAGUAUCAUGCACAGAGAUUGCUUCAAGUAACAUCAAAAGGGGUACGUGUGUGAGGCAAGAUAAUCAAUACAUUUGACUAAGGCAGAAGCAUCCUGUCAGUGAGAUAAGGGGAUUACUGGAGAGCAAGUUAAAUUCAGCAGUGUGAGACUGGUGAUCAAGCAAGACCCAUCGUGUCUCUUGUGAGUUCCACAAACACUGAUAAACUAUGCUAAAUUACCCCGGCCUUCACAAAUCAUUUACCAGGCAGUCAUGAGAUCUGGGCAUCAUGUACUACUGGUUAGGUCAUCUGAAUUCAGGCAUUAAUUGAUUUCUUAAUAAAAUGGAAUCAGACACAGGCCUGAAUUCCAUAUACUUCUGGGUUGGUACCUCUGGGUCUAAUGUUGGGGUAAGGGUGUCCCCAACAACCCUGAAGAGAUGUCAAAUGGCCAGCUAGAUUUGAACAUGAUACUUGGGAUUUGGGGACAGGUUUCCCCUUCUGAAAGUCAAGAUGGUUUGAUGGAUGGUAGGGAGCCUAUGAAGAUUGGUUGUCUCCCAGACUGCAUGAACUGAGUUUCCUUUCACUAACUCUUUUGUGAGUUGUGGCUCCUGCUCUGCUGCUUUCUGCCAUGGUGUCAUCUUAUGGCCCCUACAUCACAAUUUCCAGGUUGCCAUAGGACUGUAAGCCAUUUUUUGGCAUCAUCGCUAUUCAGUUGUCCAUUUCUCAACUGGUACCACAGCUGAGAGCAGUUUGGGAGUGUGUCUCUAGUAGUUUAUCUCUUUGAGAGUUUUAGUGUUUAUAAUUCAGAGUUCGUGUCUCAUCAUGGCAGGGGCAGAAGAGGCAAGAGCAAACAAGAGCAGGCCCACCAGCUCCAGCAGCCACUUGGGGGACCGGAAGCUGCUGCUGUCCCCCCUGCUGCAGCAGCCUGGGGCUGGUUCUGAGAAAAGCACCCUUUUCUUGGGUGAUCCAGCACCUGUGGCGGGAUCACCCAAGAAAAGGGUGAAGUAUCCAAAAAUAUCCACCAGCCAGCCCCAGGCAGCAAGCUGCAGCGAGGGGAAGCCGCCACAGGAGGGCAGACCACCAGCCCUCCUGGGGAAGAUCCCCCAAGCCGGUCUUCGUCUGGGCAAUGCCCGGGCCGGGAGUGUGCCUUCUGGGGUGAAACCCCUUCCCCACCUGGGGGAGGGGAGACACCCCAGAAGGUUGCUGGAGACCACGGUGGACCCUGAAAGAGGACUGACAUCUAUCCCCAGGAGCAAGGGGGCUGUGGACCUUGGGGGGGCCGGGCAGGGCUUCUUCUCCCUGGGGGAGAGCCAUUUCUCUGGCUGGCCCAGUGAGAUGGCUCUUCCCCAGAUCGCGUCAUCUGAGAAGAAGACCCUGACCCCAAUGGGGAGACCUCCGCCAAAGCCACUGCCAUCAAAAUGGCAGGAUCCAUCGGCUCGGCGGAGAGUCGAACCAUUGCCAGCGCUGACAAUCAAAGCGCUGGGGCCCCCCAAGAUAGGGCCACCCCCUUGCUACUGGGGACGUCCACCGAUGGUCUCCAGCUCCGUGGCCACACCAACGCCACCACACUCCCGGCCAAAUCCACGCCCUUGGGAAGAACCAUCUAACCUUUCCCAAGGGCUGUGGAUUCAGGGGCAGCCCUUACGGAGACCGGCUGAUCUUCCGGCGGCAACCCCUCGGAGGUGAGACAGCAGCAGUGGAAGGGACCCCCCCCCAAUACCAUCACCUGGCUGCUGGAGCACCCCCGCUACCUCUUGCUUCUUCCUAGCUCUAUUCCUUGCCAUGAUGAGGCAACUUGUCCUUUGCGGACAUCAACUACAGUCAGGCCUGGCUGUCCCCUCUGGAUGAGACCUCGGAGGAGGACCUGGAUCUACACCGCAGAUCUCAAAGGAUCCAGGACGCCCAAGGUCAUCUGAAGGCCCCAUACCACAAGACCACAUUCAGCCGACCAACAUCAGGCCAUCGGAGUCACUGUUACCAUCGACUUGGAUUCCGAAGGGUCACUAAGGGAAACAACAUUGGCACAGCCUCAACAAAGCCCGAGACUACAGCAUCAGGCAAGGUUCCUUGAAACCAUCUAGAACCUUGCCCUGGGGCAGAGUUACUUGACUCCAAACAGAGCUAAAAGGAUAAAAGCCUGCAGUCUGAGCUGGCUCCUUUUUGGAACAUGCAGAGCUCUCCUGACUCUCCAGUCUUGCCCUAUUUUCUGAUUCCUGGCCCUUACUGCUUAACCUUGGCCUGCCUGCCUGAU